GCGCAUAUAAGAGUAGUUCCGCAAAUUUGAUUGAAAUACUGCUGUUUUCAUUUUUGGUUACACAUAUUUCCAAAUAAUAUGUAUUUAUUUCAGUAUUACUUCUCAUAUAAACACCUUUUUUUAACCAUAUUUCAGAUUCUUCAUGCUUCUUGGAUCUGUUUUUGGCUUUGUUGCUUCAGAUAUAAUCAGUAAAGUGAAUAUUUUGGAAGAAUAUCGGCGGUCUGAAAAUGCCAAUGAAUAUGCUACAGUUCAGUCGAUGAUCGAAUAUGAAAGUUCGAAUGGAAUUACUAAAGAUACCAGCCGUCCUUCUGGUUCAAGAACUCUGCUGCGCUUGCAUCGAUCCUUGGAAUUUAUUAUGUCGUUUAUGCGUGAUUUCAGUACUGCAGAUGCUGAUGCAAAAAGCUCGGCAAUCGCACAAAAAUGCUAUAAAGAAACAUUAUCUCGAUAUCAUCCUUGGCUGAUUCAGAAGGGGGCUUAUUUUGCAAUGUACACCUUACCUGCCCGGCAGCAAUUUAUAGAAAGAGUAUAUGGUGGGCCUUGUGAUGAAGAGACAAUCCAGUUGUAUGAAAAGCUUAUGGGUGAUAUAGCUGAUAUAUCCAAAAAAGUAUAUGAUGAAACCAAUAAGCUGUAUGAAGCAAAUAGUCUUUUAAAUUUACCUUAAUUUUAGAGAUACUUUUUGCCAUCUAGUUUGCAAAUUAAUUUUGUGAUAUAUUCUUAUUUUGCUACCAAUGCUUUCAUUGGAAAAUGUAGCAAAAUUUAAUUUGUGCAGAUCUUUCUACAUAAAAAGAAGUACCUUUCUCAAACAUAUUUAAAAAAAUGCUUAGCAGCUUAAAAACUUAUUACUAAAAAUGCUAAUUUAUAUUAUUAUUGAAAUGUAUUUGUUAUUUAUGACUCUAUAGAAGAUAUUUACAGUAUUGAGCUUAUAUUUAUUACUUGCUUUAGAACAAGAGAUUCCAAUAAUCAUAGAUUUAAGAAAAAUUGCAAAUAGAAAUAUGUAUUCACCUUUGUUUGCUACUUUAUGUACAGAUUUUUGCAUUUAUUGUACUUAACACUUUUUAAAGUUUGAAUCUCGUGUAGUCCUGCUGCACAAAUUUAUUGAUAAACUGACAGUUUUCUGAACAAAAUGAAUUUUAGUGCUUUCUGCUCAUUCACACCAAAUUAAGUUACAUUCCUCAUUCAAAUUAAAUUCUUAUAAAAUUAAAUAAACUAAAACAUUCCUUAUGCAAAUUAAGGUACAGUUAGAAAUUUGAGUAUUUCUCUUUUUUCAAUUCUAUAAUUAUCUAAUAAUAAGGAGGAUGUAACUAACUGAAACAGAAAAUAACUCAUGUAACUAUUUCAAGCAUUUAAUUAAUUUUUCUUUUAAACUUAGGUAUUUUAAAAAAUCAGAAAUCCUUUUAAACGUUUUCAGAGCUUUAAAAGAAUUUAGAUCUCAAAAGUAUAUAUUUACAAUAAGCUGUAUUACCUUUUUAAUUAGGUUCAAAAUCAAUUUCUUGUACAAAUAAUAACUGAAAUAAACUUUUAUAUUAAAUCUGAAAAAUAAUUCAUUCAAAUAAUGAUUAGAUGGAUAUUUCUCAUUGGCAGAAUAAUCAAAUAAAUAGUUAAUUUGCUUUAAGAAGGCUUUUAUUUAAUACAUUUUGAAAAUCAUAAAAAGUAUACAUAUGUAUUUUUUGUAUGCUUCAUCUUUUUCUCUGCAACGUAACAAGAUAUUAUGUAGUGGCUAUUAUAGUUUCUUUAUAAAAAUAAGUAAUACCAUGCAUUAAGGAAAUGUUUAUUUGUAAAACAUCCUUUUAGUAAAUCUUGCAUAUAGUAUAACAAUAUAUUAAUAAUUUAGUAUGAUUCAGACUAUUCAAGCUUGUCUGAUAAGUGAAUAGAAUCAACAUCUAUACCUACAUGAGUUUAUGCUAUCUAUCUCGUAUUUUAAUAUGAAAAGAUAUUUCUAAAUUUGAGCUGUACUUUAAAAGAAUCUGUUUAAUGUUUUUAAUGGUAUUGUUAAGUUUGUAACUUAAAAAAUACUGUGAAACUUUGAAUGCAUUCUGCAGUGUAACAGAAUAGUUUGUACAAACCUCAUCACAAAUGAUGAAAGAGGUGAAUUAUUGUUUCACAGCCUUUACAACACUUGCUGAAUGUGUUGUACUAUUUAUAUAAAUAAAUUUUUAAAAAAAUUAA